CCUUUGAUCUAUGGAUGGAGUGGAGGUUAAUGGCUGUCGUUGUCCUGCUCUCUGCCCAGCAGUCGGCCUCCCAGAGGACAGCUCUGUAUCCGUCCGCCUACAGGAUAAGGCGCGGAACAUAUUCGCUGGUGAACCCCACCUUCCAGAGCUCGAUGACGGAGGUGAACCUGCUCUUUGAGGCGCUGCUGGCCGGCCUGCAGAUCGCGGGCGGGCCCGGGCGCUCCCUCCUCAUCCCGGACGAGGAGCUGGCCUCGCUGAGGAGCCUCCAGAGGCUAGAGGCGGUCUGCGAGGGCGUCCUGCCCAAGAGGCUGUCGGAGGUCCGGCGUCUGGCGGCGGCGCUGGCCCGGCGGCGCACCCCCCUCAGCGGGCAGGACUUUGAGCGGACGGUGCUGACCAUGGUGUACGCCCUCCAGGUGCUGGCUGACGUCAGCGCGCCGCACCAGAGGGAGGUCUGGGCCGACGCCCUGCUGCAGCUCUUCAGGGCCGUCCACCAGGACCUCACGUGAGGCAGGAGACCCCUUCCAACCACUGGACUCCUGAGGGACUUAAGUGUGUUUUAAACACAACCGUGCGAACGGACAUUUAAACCCCCCGCUUCUUUACAUACAAGUCAUUGAAUCAGUUGUAUCUUUAAAUCACUCUCCAACAUUUUGUACUCCAGUCGACUAUAACCUGACCUGAAGUACAGUAGAGUACGUUUCCUUUUUUAUUGUAAGUGUUCUAGAUACAAAUAUUAAUCAAUAUCUAAUUCUAUAUUUUUUCUAAAUAUUUUUCUGUUCAAUACAAACCAGAGUAUUUUCUGACUUGAUAUUUGACAUCAUUCCAUCCUGAUCAUUACAAUGUGCGUGACCCUAAUCAAAGCCCACGAGAAGAGCCAUCGUAAUAUUAUUAUUGUUUCAUUUCAUCAAAACAAAAUACUAUAUUUUUCCUUAGACUUGUCGAACUACGGCUUAUUUAAUUGUGUAACUACCAACCGGGAUAAUGGAUAAUGGAUAACAAAAUAAUAAUUUGUUUGGAAAUAAUACUGAACGAAUACUGACCCGGCCCUGGUAAGGCUGGUUCAUCCAGACACCCCACAAACUCCACCAGUCACUUUAUUGUUGCCUGUUUCAGCCAUCUUCGCCAAACAAAUCAGAUUUAUUUCCACGAAAGGAGCGAGCUCUGUGCGGUUGUCUGUCGAACUGUGUGCAACAUCGUUUUGAAACAAGACAUGAGAAGAAUUUCGAAGAAGAGAGGGAUAGUGUUGAAUCAAUCAGGAAGGCACCGGCCCGGUGCGAGAAGCAAAGCAGUGGGUUUACAACCCCAUGAGCCGUCAAAUCCCGAGCUACAGAAGGCAGCCUGGAAGACGCGCAGUGCAUUGAUAAACACGGGAAGCCGUUCUCUGAUGGAGGAUUUAUAAAGGAGGCUUUCCUCGGCAGUUCAGAGGUUGUGUUUGAGGAAUAACCAAAUGAUGACACGAUCACCGCCAGGAAUAAAGACAAGCCUUUGAGAACUGUGGAAAGGCUCUUAGCUGGUACGGCUGAAAACAUAAAGCACCAGAAAACACUCACACUGAAAGGUUCUUCGGGGUUCAGUGUAGCACGGGGCAUCGUUUAUAAAGAUAUAUACAGUAUAUAUAAGAUAUAAAGGACAUUCCACAUCUAGCGGUGGUUGAUAGAUACUGAGCAAUGCAGUGGUAUGUGAGGAAAAUGUGGUUUAAAGCCAAUGCAUGGGACCACUAAAGGGGAGGAUCUGAUAACUUACUGAUCAUUUUGGUGUGAAAAGUAAAUAUCAGGAACAUAUCGGCUGUGAAGACCGAAACUAAAGAAAUUCAAAGUCUGAUCUCAAUAGCGUGAUGGCUAAACUGUUGGAAACACCGGCUCUGUUUGAUGCAUGGACAGCCUCUGUGGCAAAGAUUGGAGCCUACCCAAUCAAAAGAGGGUCUGUGGGUCUGUCCAUCGGUCUGUGGGUCUGUCCAUCGGUCUGUGGGUCUGUCCACUGGUCUGUGGGUCUGUCCAUCGGUCUGUGGGUCUGUCCACUGGGAGGUCUGAUGGAUCCACUGGGAGGUCUGAUGGAUCCACUGGGAGGUCUGAUGGAUCCACUGGGAGGUCUGAUGGAUCCACUGGGAGGUCUGAUGGAUCCACUGGGAGGUCUGAUUGAUCCAGGGUCCUCUGGCCUGCUGGGACAGCCUGAGAGGGCUGUCUCUCUCUCAGCAGCCUGAGAGAGAGACUGUGUGAAGGAGGGGGUCUUGGCCUGGAUCACAGCCUCUGGGUCCACAUACCACCACUACAUUGACGUCUGAACGCAGAUGAGUACAGGUGUGCUCCAGGCAGGGAGAGGCAGCAGCAGUAAUGUGAAGGCUGAUCAUUAUGAAGGUUUGCCUCAUCUCUCCUCCACAAGGGGCGGACAGUCCGCCUGCUCUGUCUGGGUCAGACUAUCGGUUUACACGAUCGAUGAGGUGAUGGGGUUUGCAACAUCGUUGAUAUGUAUGACAGCAGCGGAUGAAGAGAAUCAUAGACAGAACCGGAAAGGAAAGGAGAAGCGUCUCAAGCUGUGAGCAGAACCCUGAAUCCCCUCAAAGUGCAUCAGUACGUCAUCCCCGGGCUGAAAGAGACCAGGGAGAUUGGGUUUGAAGCGCUAUCGUCAUCAGCAACCACUCUACCGCUGCCCACAAGAUCAACAUUAAAGCUGUCAUUACCAACCUCCCUGGGUUUUGAUUAUUAUCUCCCAGCAUGCACCUGGUAAGGUGUUACAUAUCCUGUUUGUCUGACACACACUCACACUCACACUCACACACACACACAGCUAUGUGUUGUUGCUGUAAGGUGUACACAAGAUUCUACAUUUUAAUGGUUGAAAACUUGUGCGCUAUAUAAA